AUGUUAAAGUUAGAAGACAAUAAUCAAUAUGAAUAUAUGUCGUCACUCAAUAACAACAAUUUGAAUAUAUAUCAACAGCAACAACUAUUACAUCUUCAACAGCAACAGCAGCAAAGAAUAUAUUAUCAAGAAUGUGAGUCUUGUAGGAUAGAGCAACAACAACAACAACAACAAUAUAUUCUUCAAACUCAACCGAAUACACUUGAUAACAACAACAACAACAAUAGUAAUCAUUCACCUCUGUUAUUAAGAACAACUUUAUCUCCUCAAAUUAAUUCACUUUCACUUAAUGAUAAUAAUAAUAAUAACAACAAUAAUAUAGAUAGUUUUAAUAGUAAUAAUAAUAAUGUAAAUUAUAGUUUUAGUAAUAUUAGCUUAAAUAGUGGUGUUAAUAAUAGUAGUAGUGGUAGUUUAUCAACGACAAGUACACAACAACAACAACCUAAAUGCUCAACAGAAACAAGAAGUAAUAAACAACAGAAACAAGAUGAUCAUAUGAACAGUCAAGAUAAUCAAGAUGUAUAUAAGUUUAAUAAUAUGGAAAUGGACGAUGAAGAUCAUAUGCCAUAUAUUUGUUGA